AUGGUGGCGCUUUGUCAUUUGAGCAACGUCUUCACCACGGAGCAGAGCGGUUCCCUGUGCAGCGGAGAGAAGCUAUCGAUGAUUUCCAAAGAGCCUUCGGCCGUCGCCUCGUCCAGGCUUCGCGACAAGUUCGCCGCGGUAAGUGCGAAUUUACUUUCUGCCUCUUGUGAAACCACCGGUACUUACCUGCUUGGCAGCAGAAAUCUGAAUUUAAUGAUGCAGAUGCGGCCGAUUGACCGAGUUGGCUGGUGCAACGGUAAGGUGACUAAGGACCCGUUCCUCUGA